CAAGUAAUGCUUCAUUCUGCUGAUAUCGCGUGCGCGGCAGGACUUCCCUGAACGCGCUGUGUGUGUAUCAAUGGAGUUAUGACGGUCUUGCGAGUUUCAAGGUUGCUGUCUAGAAUUUAACCGUACUCCCAAAUCAAAAUAGCGGACACUAAAACCAUCAGCAUGGCAACAGAGUCCAGUCAUAAGGAGAACCUACAGGACCAUCAUCUGGAGGAUGAAGGGCAGCAUCGCAACCCUUCAGAGGUGAAGAUGAGCCAGAUAGUGCUUCCCUGCCAUGCAAACAACUGCAGGGAACUGAGCAUUGGACAGCUGCUCAAAUGGAUGGACUGCACAGCAUGUCUGUCCGCUGAGAGACAUGCUGGAUGCCCCUGUGUAACAGCAUCUGUUGAUGACAUCUACUUCGAGCACACCAUUGGUGUUGGACAAGUGGUCAACAUCAAAACCAAAGUCAACAGAGCCUUCAACUCAAGCAUGGAGGUGGGGAUAGAGGUCAGCUGUGAGGACCUGUACAGUGGCCGACAUUGGAGAGUCUGUCAGGCUUUUGCCACAUUCGUUGCCAAACGCACAGGGACAAACAAGGUGCAGCUUAAGCAGGUAGUUCCCUGCACACACAGAGAGCAGGUGGAGCACAGUUUAGCAGCUGAGAGGAGGAGAAUGAGACUCAUUCACUAUGACAUCAUGCAGGACUUGCUCAAUAACAAGACCUUCCAGAGAAGUAUCAGUGAGGGGGCAGAAAGCCGUGAUGAAUUGGCGGCUGUUUCGACAGAAAGAACUCGAGUGGAGAGUGUUGAGCUUGUACUUCCUCCCCAUGCCAAUCAUCAGGUCAACACAUUCGGAGGCCAAAUUAUGGCCUGGAUGGAAAACGUUGCUAAUAUCGCAGCCAGUCGUUUAUGCAGUGCUCAUCCCACCCUGCGGACCAUCGACAUGUUUUACUUUAGAGGCCCCUCCCAGGUUGGAGAUCGCUUGAUUCUGAAAGCCAUUGUCAACAACACAUUCAAGAACAGUAUGGAGGUAGGCGUAUGUGCUGAAGCCUAUCAAGGAGAGGAACCUCUGAGGCACAUUAACAGCGCCUUUAUGACGUUUGAGGUGCUAGACGAGAAUGGAAGGCCACGCCCACUGCCCCCUAUAAAACCUGAACCUCAGGAGGGGAGGAGGAGAUACCAGGAGGCUCUUGCCAGGAAGAAGAUUCGGCUUGAUAGGAAGUACAUCAUCUCGCGUAAGCAGACCGAGGUGCCGCUGUCCGUCCCCUGGGACCCUAGUAACCAGGUGUAUCUAAGCUACAACAAUGUGUCUGCUCUAAAGAUGCUUGCAGCCAAAAACAGUUGGGUCCUCAGCUCAAAGAAGAACCUUGUGAGUCUGUAUACAGUGGAGGAGAGUCAGAGUCUGUGUUUCAGGGUGGAGUUUGAGGUGGAUGUGCCAGCACACAGAGCCUUCACUCUCGUCUCAGAUCUCAGCCGCAGACACGAGUGGGAUCAACACUAUACUCUGUGUGAGUUGCUGAUCAGGGUCGAUGAGGAUGAUUGCAUCUAUCGAGUUGUCACUCCCUCGGUUGGUGAAGAAGGAAAAGUUCAGGACUUCAUUUUACUAGCUUCUAGAAGACUGCCCUGUGAUAGUGGGGAUCCAUAUGUUAUUGCCCUAAGAUCAGUCACCCUACCUACCCACCCGCCUACAGAGGAGUUCAACAGGGGUGAGGUGGUCUGUGCUGGGUUCAUCAUUUAUGAGGUGUCAAAAACGGUCUCGAAGAUUUCCUACUAUAAUCAGGCUGGUCCAGAAGUACUGCCAUACAUCUCCACUGAUAUCGCAGGCCUCUCGUCCAGUUUCUACUCAACAUUCUGUGCAUGUAGCCAGUACCUGCUGGAGAACCGAGUCACUUCUCCUCUACUUGCCUCUGCUACAUUAUAACCUCCUGUUGUUGGUCGAACACAUCCUGAUCUGCUACAACUGAUGUUUUUACCUUAUAUGGAAAUGCAUGCUUUUAAAAAAAUCCAUUGUGUUUGGACAGUUAUGAAGGAUUUAAAAAUGAAUGAAUGGAAAUGCAUAUGUUUAGUGAUUUGUGUGUGCAAACAUUGCGAUUUAACGUUCAAACUGUUUAGGGGCAUUUUUGUAAUGUAUGUUAUCUGAAUAUAGUUUUUAUUUUUUAUUUUAUUUACAGCAGUUUGAAUUAGGGCUGGGCGAUAUAGCAAAAAUGUAUAUGAUAAGUAAAUGUGAUUAAAUAAAAAGUAACUCCAACUUGAUUCAAAUAACAUGUUCUGGAUUAGAAUGCAAGGCAACCUGGUAAUAUAAAUUUUCUUUUCAUUAUAGAAAACAGGAAAAAUGCACAAAAUAAUGCACAACACAGGAAGUUGGCAACAUAGUUUAAAUAACCCAGACGUUCAGACAUAAUCGUAUAAGAAAAAUAAGAAAUAUUACCAGCAAUUUUAUAUCAGUCUCCCUGUUGUUAACCUUUUACGUUCGUUUGGAGCAUGCACACAUGUGCAGCUGAUCAGAUUGGAGGCGGCAUCAAGCCACACACUGUGAAAAAAUUUUUAUCUGUGAAAAUCUUCCUUAUUCAGCCUUUGGUGGAUUGACGACACAUAUAACUAUAGCGUUUGCUAAUAUUUUUAUGCAAAACCUUGAUUAGUCAAAACAUAA